AUGGAAGAAGUUGUUGGUCGUAUGAAGCAACGUGCACGAGAAGAAACUACAUCAGUUACAAAAAUAUAUUCUCAAGAAGUAGUAAAGGCAAGGCUUGAAAAUCCAGGCAUCUCAACUGGUCUUAUUUUUCCAUCAUUGGACAGCCUCGAUGCAAGCUUAUACCGAAUGCGAUCAAAAAAUUAUCCAGCAUUGCCGAAAAAUUUAACUGAUUUGUCUCUACCUGAAGAAUGGAAAUUAACCAAACAGGGACAACCUUUUCUCCUUGUCGAUGAAAGUUUAUCUGCUAGUAGAAGAACAUUUAAUGAUGAUGAUUAUAAAAAAGCUGAUCAUUGGUUGCUUGGUGCAAUUGGACUUGCACUUAUACCACCAUCGUUAGUUGAAACAACUUGGGUUAGUUUAAUGGACGAAUAUACACCAAAUGAUUAUCAUACGGCUUCACAAUUUAAUGAUUUUAUGGUAUCCACAUAUGUAGAAAAAUGGUUCAGCUCGAUUCAGUGUGGACAUAUGGAACGUCUAUGA